AACCAUAAAUGCAUACUGUCCCCCGAUAUUUGUGGUUAGGGGAUCAACUCCCCAAUUGACAACGCUGGCUGUCAGGGAUAUUGAUGUAUUAGUCCGAACGAGGGGGGAGCCUUAUAUUUCCAGCAGGGAGGGUCAAGAUCGAACCGGGAUGAGGGACUGGGGAUAAAAGAACUCUUAUUGUGUCGGGUCCCUCGGGCUUGGAUCUUUAGCUCAUCUUCAGCAUUGUGACGCCAGUAUACUCCGAUAUCAACCAAAAUGCAGAUAUGUUUGAAUUUGGCAGGGUUGUUCAAUAUAUUCUCCCAGAGUUGCCGUCCCGUGGACCUGGAGCACUGUUGCACAGCAUUGGAGUCAACGACCCUUCGGGAAAAGGUCUUGUAUCCAGCUACAGCAGCCUACUACAGCUCGGUUGAGUCAUACUUUGCUGUCAACGCGAGAUUAACACCUACUUGUAUCGUACAGCCAGAGACAGCAGACGAUGUAGCUCUUGCGGUUUCAACUCUCACAGCACCAAAUCGGAUACAGAAAUGCCAGUUCGCUAUCCGCAGCGGUGGCCAUACCAGCUGGGCAGGAGCAGCAAAUAUCGAACAGGGUGUGACUAUCGAUCUAUCCCAUUUGAAUUCAACUACAUUCCACCCGGAGAAUUAUACAGUGUCUAUUCUUCCAGGAGCUAGAUGGGGGUCCGUUUAUAAGACACUUCAUCCGCUAGGUGUGAUGGUAACAGGAGGCCGAGCCAGUCCGGUCGGCGCAGGAGGCAUCACUCUGGGAGGUGGAAAUUCUUUCUUCGCUUCGCGAUAUGGCCUUGUCUGUGAUAGUGUGGUCAACUUUGAGGUCGUCCUGGCCAAUGGUGAAAUCGUCAAUGCAAACAAUGAGACAAAUGCCGAUUUGUUCAAAGCUCUCAAAGGCGGCUCUAAUAAUUUCGGCAUCGUGACCAAAAUCGACUUUGCCGCCUUUGAACACACUGGAGUCUGGGGCGGAGUCAUACUUCACGACAUUUCGACUACCUCCCAGCAGAUCCCAGCAUUUGUCAACUUCACCGAUCAUGUGGUAGAUGACCCUUAUGCGUCAUUGAUAACCUCCUGGGAUUACUCCUCUACUCGGGGAAAAAGUGUGAUUUCCAAUAUACUCGUGCACACGAAGCCUAUAGAACGCGCAUCAAGCUUUGAUGAAGUCCUAGCCAUCCCGAGCCUCAGUAGUACGAUGCGUCUCACAAAUAUGCAUGACUUAACUGAAGAGCUACACCUGCCGCCUGAGAUGCGGGGUCGGUUCCUCACACUGACUUUCAAGAACGAUCCACGUCUCAUACAAAAGGCACUUGACCUGCGUGACAGUUCGAUCAAGAUAGCAAAGGCAAAAGCCCGGAGCAGCGAGUGGCUUUUCACUGCCUUUUUCCAACCCUUACCAAAACUCUUCUCACAACACAGCGUCGCCAAAGGGGGCAACGUUAUCGGUCUUGAUCGCUUCGAUGAGAAUCUUUUGUUAUUCCUUGUUGCUAUCGGAUGGAAGGAUACCGUUGAUGAUUCACUGUUCGACUCUCUCGGGAAGGCCACAAUCGAGCAACUGGACGCGUACGCUAAAGAACUAGGUGCUGAUAACGAAUGGAUUUACCUCAAUUAUGCCGACGUAUCUCAGAACCCUCUCCGCAGCUACGGUGAGGAGAAUCUUGCGGAAAUCCGACGCGUUGCCGAGAAGUAUGAUCCCGAACACGUCUUUCAGUAUCAGGUUCCAGGAGGCUUCAAAGUGGGAAGGACAUGAUGAACCAAUCCUUCUUCUAGUAUGGAGUAAGUGAAGUCAAAUCCCAAUACCGUUAGCCUUGGGAUCAGAAACUUGAAAUAAGAUAGAUAUAGUUAAAAACUUGGAUAUCUCUAUUAUAGUAUAAAGAAUGACUUGACUGUAGCAUUUGUGAUGCUCAUUAUGCCACUGCUAGAUCAUGACUGAGAACUGCAGGCGUCGC